GGCGCAGAUAAGGCCCCAGCAGGAGAGAGACUCGGAGCAUUUCAGCCUCUCCGGAGGGGCCCAGGCCAGAGCCAUGGAAAGCGGAUGGGGACAAGCCCCCUUCUACUUCGCCCUCCUGCUGCUCCCCAGCGCCCUGCUCAGCUCCCGGGCCAAAGAAGUCGUCCUGCUGGAUUUUGCCAUGGCCCACGGGGAGCUCGGCUGGCUGACCCAUCCCUAUGGGAAGGGGUGGGAUCUCCUCCAGAACGUCAUGAACGAAUCCCUCAUCUACAUCUACUCGGUCUGCAACGUGAUGGAAGGUGACCAGGACAACUGGCUGCGGACCAACUGGAUCUACCGCAGCGAGGCUGAGCGCAUCUUCAUCGAGCUGAAGUUCACGGUGCGGGACUGCAACAGCUUCCCGGGCGGGGCCAGCUCCUGCAAGGAGACCUUCAACCUGUACUACGCCGAGUCGGACGUGGACUACGGCACCAACUUCCAGAAGCGCCAGUUCACGAAGAUCGACACCAUUGCGCCCGACGAGAUCACCGUGCGCGAAGACUUCGCCUCCCGCAAUGUCAAGCUCAACAUGGAGGUGCGCACGGUGGGGCCCCUGAGCCGCAAGGGUUUCUACCUGGCCUUUCAGGACAUUGGGGCCUGCGUGGCCCUGCUCUCCGUCCGCAUCUACUACAAGAAGUGCCCCGGCGUGCUGCAGAACAUGGCGCUCUUCCCCGAGACCAUCGCCGGCGCUGACUCGCAGGCGCUGGCCAAGGUCAGGGGCACGUGCGUGGAGGAUGCGGUGGCCAGCGAGGAGCCCAGCAUGCAUUGCACCUGCCCUGCUGGGUCCUUCAAGCCGGACAUCUCCGGUGAUGCCUGCUCCAAGUGUCCCCCCCACACGCUCUCCUCUCCUGAAGGUUCCACCUCGUGCCCAUGUGAGGAAGGCUAUUUCCGGGCGGCAGAGGAUCCAGUGUCUUUUCCCUGCACCCGUCCCCCUUCUGCCCCCCACAACGUCAUGGCCGUCGGCUUGGGCGCCAAGGUGCAGCUGCGCUGGUCCCCGCCCCGCGACACGGGGGGCCGUAAGGACAUCACCUACAGCAUCACGUGUGAGCAGUGCUGGCCGGAGUCGGGGGAGUGUCGGCCCUGUGACAGCAGCAUCCGCUACUCGGACCAGCCCCAGGGGCUGACCAGGACGUCUCUGACCGUCAGCGACCUGGAGCCGCAUGUUAAUUACACCUUCACCGUGGAGGCCAGGAACGGGGUGUCCGCCUAUGGCCCCAGCCGCAGCUAUGGCACUGCAAGCAUCAGCGUCAACCAGACAGAGCCUCCCCGGGUGACAUCGGUGAAUUUGGACAGCCAGACUGAAACCAGCCUGAGCAUCUCCUGGACCGUCCAGCCCCGGCAGCAGAGCCGCGUCUGGAAGUACGAAGUCACCUACAGCAAGAAGAUGGAUGAGAACAGCUACUCGGUCCUGCGCUCCGAAGGGAACUCGGUGACCCUCUCCAAGCUCACACCGGGCACCAAGUACUUGGUGCGGGUCCAGGCCCUGACACAAGAAGGCCAGGGGGCCUACAGCAUGGAGUAUGAGUUUGAGACGCGUGCUGAGGGCUCCCAGAGCACGAACACGGCGGCCGCGGUCGGCGGCUCUAUCACUGGGAUCAUUUUGAUACUGGUCGUGGUAGCUGUCGCCCUCUACCUUCACCGAAGGAGAAGGCGCUCACGGGCCCGUCAGUCGUCUGAGGACGUUUACUUCUCCAAGUCUGAACAGCUGAAGCCCCUGAAGACCUACGUGGACCCCCACACCUACGAAGACCCCAACCAGGCGGUGCUGAAAUUUACAACUGAGAUUCACCCCUCGUGCAUCACCCGGCAGAAGGUGAUUGGUGCAGGCGAGUUCGGGGAAGUUUACAAGGGGACACUGAAACACGGGAAGAAGGACAUCCCGGUGGCAAUCAAGACCUUGAAGGUUGGCUACACGGAGAAGCAGCGCAUCGACUUCUUGAGCGAGGCCAGUAUCAUGGGCCAAUUCUGCCACCACAACAUCAUCCGGCUGGAGGGCGUCGUCUCCAAGUACAAACCGUUCAUGAUCAUCACUGAGUACAUGGAGAACGGAGCCCUGGACAAGUUCCUGCGGGAGAAGGACGGUGAGUUCUGCAUGAUCCAGCUGGUGGGCAUGCUGCGGGGCAUCGCCGCGGGCAUGAAGUACCUGGCCAACAUGAACUACGUGCACCGGGACCUGGCGGCCCGCAACAUCCUCGUCAACAGCCAGCUGGUCUGCAAGGUGUCCGACUUCGGCCUGUCCCGCGUCCUGGAGGAUGAUCCGGAGGCCACGUACACCACCAGCGGCGGCAAGAUCCCCAUCCGCUGGACAGCCCCGGAAGCCAUCUCCUACCGGAAGUUUACCUCGGCCAGCGACGUGUGGAGCUACGGCAUCGUCAUGUGGGAGGUGAUGUCCUACGGCGAGCGGCCCUACUGGGAGCUCUCCAACCACGAGGUCAUGAAAGCCAUCAACGAAGGCUUCCGGCUGCCCGCCCCCAUGGACUGCCCCUCCGCCAUCUACCAGCUGAUGAUGCAGUGCUGGCAGCAGGAGAGGAGCCGCCGGCCCAAGUUCAACGACAUCGUCAGCAUCCUCGACAAGCUCAUCCGGGCCCCCGAGUCGCUCAAGACCUUGGCGGACUUCGACCCCCGGGUGUCCAUCCGCCUGCCCAGCACCAGCGGCUCGGAGGGCCUUCCCUUCAGGACCGUCUCCGAGUGGCUGGACUCCAUCAAGAUGAACCAGUACACGGAGAACUUCCUGUCGGGCGGCUACAACGCCAUCGAGAAAGUGGUGCAGAUGAGCAACGAUGACAUUAAGAAAAUCGGGGUGCGCCUGCCGGGUCACCAGAAACGCAUCGCCUAUAGCCUGCUGGGGCUGAAGGAGCAGGUGAGCAUGGUUGGCAUCCCGAUCUGAGCAGGAGCCGGCCCCAGCCCAGGCAGCCUCGCCACCCGCGUGGAGAAGGAAUCGCUGCGGGAGAGAAAGCGAUACUCAGCGGCUGUGCAAACCGGGAAAUACUUGAAGUGGAGAAUUGAAGUGUGCUUGGCAUCGUCCCCAACCAAGAGCCUCUGAGGUCACCGACCGACAGGAUGGCAGUGCCCAGAGCGGAGUCAGCCAGUCUCUCAUGCCAUCUUGUACCAAUUAUACCUCCACAGCGGUUAGUUUUAUUUAUUGCUGAUAUGAUGAUGAUUAGUAUUGGGUGAUCUCUUGCGUGCAACCGCUGCUGUGCGAUGGUAGCUGGCUCCAGGGGGAGGCGCUAGACUGCAGCCUGUUCGGAAGGACCGCCCUCCUUGGCUUUGGCCGGGGCACCAGCUGCCAUCCUUGGAAAGCGCUCCAGCUGCCUUGCGCACAGCCUCGUGGCCGGAUGUCAGGCAGGUUCUGUGCUUGCAGAGGAGGGCCGUGGCGAACUCUUCCUCCGCCUGCUGCUUGCACAGGGCCGGCCAAAGCAGAGCGGGGCUCCUUCCGCUUGUCUUUCGUUCCCUGCUGUGCUGACCCUCUCCUGACUGGCAGGAGUAUGUGGAUUUUCCAGAACGGCCUCCAUUUCUAAGCAGAGGGUAGGCCGGGACUUUGCUGUGACAAAGCAACAUUGAUUUUUCCUUUGCUCUUUAUAAGAGGAUGAAGAUUUAUAGUAAAUAAAAUGAUUCAGUUUAAACUUCAAAACAACCAAGUUUCCAGGUGCAGGGUGACCCGAAGCCUGGCUCGAUCUAUUUCCUUUUGCCGGGCACUGAGACGCCGCUCCAGUGCGUUUGCUUUUUAAGCAACUGGCCGUGUCAAAAACCUUCUGCGAAGUAGUUUUUUUCUCCUGUCGGUGCCACAAGAGAAGGGCAGAUGCCAGUGCCUUAAAUUUGACAUUCCUCUGGUAGCGAGCGGAGCGGCUUUGCAGAUGACGGUUGAUAGCUGUGCCCAAGGUCAUGUAACCAUUUUCCUUCUCUCUAUUUAUUCUUCCACUCCGCUCCCCACCCUGUGCGCCUUUGCGUUUCGCUAGACGCCCUUUGCUAGUCUGUCAGUGUUCACUUUUUUUUUAAUGUAAUUUAUUAUAUUUUUUUAUAUUUAUUGAUGGAAAUCAAAGGCCUUUUGCCUUCUCUCAAAAUUGCUGUUAAGAUUAAAACUGCCGACAGCCCAAUGGAAUUGAGUUUGCUCCUGGGUUCCAGGAAAAUUUAUUCUGCGAUUUUAAUAAAAUG